AAUUGGACAGCUUCAUCCUUUCUUUUUAGUUUUUGUUUUUUUCUGCUCAUAUACUUUAGACUAGCGUCAGUUUUGCUACUAUGCCAAGGGAUCCGCUCAUCGGGCUUGUUGGGAAGCCAUCCAGUGGAAAAUCCACGACUUUGAAUAGUUUGACAGAUGCUUCUUCCAAAGUUGGAAAUUUCCCGUUCACCACUAUUGAUCCACAACGUGCCAUUGGUUACCUCCAAAUAGAAUGCGCUUGUCAGCGAUUUGGAGUCUCUGAAAAGUGCAAACCGAACUACGGCGGAUGUGCCGAGGGAAAACGAUCCGUUCCCAUCGAGCUUCUGGAUGUUGCAGGGUUAGUCCCCGGAGCGCAUCAGGGACGAGGGUUGGGCAAUAAGUUCUUGGAUGACUUGCGCCAGGCAGAUGCCUUGAUUCACGUGGUUGAUGUUAGCGGUACAACCGACGCCGAAGGCAAAGCCACCCGCGGUUACGACCCCUCAGUGGACAUCGAAUGGCUCAGGUCGGAAAUCGUACGGUGGGUAUUGGGAAACCUGAUGCAAAAAUGGGGGUCUAUUAAACGAAGACAUGCCGCGAUUAAGGCCACCGCCGUCGAGACGCUACAAGGUCAAUUUUCCGGUUAUGGAAGCACACCGUCGACUGUCGCACGAUGCCUUGACCGAUUAGGAUUAAAGGAGCCUCUCCAAGAAUGGUCAGAUGAGACGGUCGAGAAAGUCGUUCAAGCCUUCAUCGAUGAAAAGUUCCCUACGGUGUUUGCUCUGAAUAAGAUUGACCACCCCGAUGCAGAUAAGAAUAUUAGCAAGAUUGCAAAAAUGCAAGACCCUCACUCUAUUGUUCUCUGCUCCGCUAUAUCCGAGGUUUUCCUCCGGAGACUUGCCAAGCAAGGCUAUAUCAAGUACACAGAAGGGAGUGAAUUUCUAGAUACAAGAGAAGACCUUAUUGCCGAUGGAGACCCCGAUGGAGGCGGAUUGAAGGAGAUGGACGAGAAACUGAAAAGCCGUGUCGAAAACUUGAAGGACAUGGUUCUGUAUCGUUUCGGCUCCACAGGAGUAGUACAGUGUCUCUCCCGCGCAGCUGAGGUCUUGGGGCUUGUCCCGGUCUUUCCGGUGAGAAAUGUACACACUUUCUCCGCUGGGGCCGGCAGUGCCGUGUUCCGGGACUGUGUGUUGGUUAAGAAGAAUAGCACGGUUGGCGAUGUUGCCCGCAAAGUGAUGGGUGAUGUCCCCAUCUCCUAUAUCGAAGGCGUCGGCGGCAUCCGGGUUUCGGAAGAUGAAACUGUUGAAGUGGGAAAACACGAUGUUCUCUCGUUUAAACCUGGCCGAUAGACCUCACUGUAUAGUUAAUGUGAUGAUGAUCAAUAAAUUCACCCACACACCUUUUUUUUUUUGCCUGGCAUGCUUGAGAUACCAUUCAAUCUCGUAUACUCCAUUUAAGCAUAUACAUGUAAGUUUAACAUAGUUUCAAAUUUCUAAAGCAUCUCUUCUCUUCGUC